UUAAAUUUGGCUUGGAAGUGAUCAUCCGCCUCAACGACCAGGAGAAUUACACUAUACCCGAGCCUUUUCAACAAGUGGAGUGUAACCAGUACCCUAGCUUCAGCGUCUCGAAUUCCCCACAAGAAGAUGAAUUGGGAUCCGAGAAUCGGUGGCUUGAUAGUGAAACAUCUCUUCAAUGAAGGAUCGGGCACUAGAAAAGCGAGUUUGGUCGGCCACUCCGGUGGACUGUCCGGCCUGGAUCAAGCGUCAAGAAGAAAGGGGACAAGAGAAUACAGCUGCCGUGAACGACCGAUGAGGCUUGCGCAGCAGAAAGUCCAGGGAAGGCCAAAUAUGAGGAAACCAAGAGAAAGGCAUACGGGCGGCAAGAUUAGAAGACGUCUGGAGAAGGAGCAAGGGCCAAAGGCAUAUUUAUUGGCAGGAUCUGCAGAGUUGUGUUUUAUGUAUGGGCCAAGGGUCUUGUCACUUAUCACGACCUAUGUGAAAUACACCUUGUGGAAUACCGCUCUCUUGCUUAUCUUUGAUUGCCGCUUCACCACUCGCUGCUGGUUUGAAAGAGUCUCAUAUGCUCAGCCAGAGCAAUGCCUUUCAGACCAAGAAUAGAUAUUCUCCUGAUGACUUUCAGUGCUGGCGAUCAGGGGAGGAGUGACAAUUCAUGGUGCAAAAGUUUGUGGAUGGCUAUUAACGGGUUUUGG